UUAUUUCUUUAAAGAAGCUUUCUCCCCCUUUCUCUGUUCUCCUUCUGGAACUUCCAUAUUGCAUAUAUUAUUUCUCUUGAUGGUGUUCCAUAAACCCUGUAAGCUUUCUUCAUUCCUUUUUUCUCCUCUAAUUGGGUAAUUUCAAAUGGCCUGUCUUCAGUUUCACAGAUUCUUUCUUCUGUUUGAUCAAGUCAGAUCUCAAAGUUCCCUACUGCAUAAUAGCCUAUUCCGUUUCAUUCAUUGUAUUCUUUUUUGUUGUUGUUGCUGUUGAGGAAGAUUCACCCUGAGCUAACAUCUAUUGUAUUCUUAAGCUCCAGAAUUUCUGAUUGGUUUUUUGUGAUUUCUAUUUACCUGUUGAAUUUCUUGUUUUGUUCAUGUGUUGUUUUCCUGAUUUCACUGAAUUGACCAUCCGUGUUCUAAUGAAGCUUGCUGAUCUUCCUUGCAAUUAUUCUGAAUUCUUUGUCAGACUAUUUAUAGAUCUCCAUUUCUGUGGGAUCAGUUACUGGAAGAUUAUUGUGUUCCUUUGUGGUGUCGUUUUCCCUUGUUGUGUCUUGUUUGUUGAAGCUUUGUGUUGCUGUCUUCACAUCUGUAGCAGUCAUCUCCUCCAGGCUUCACUCACUGGCUUUGGGAGAGAACACCUUCAUCAGUCAGCCCAGCUAGACAUUUUGAGGCUCUCUCAAACCUUUUCUGUGGAUGCACCCACUUCAUGCCUCUUGUCCCCUCUUUAGGGGGCAUUCUUAAGGUUGUAUGCCCUCUCUUAAUCCCUCAAAAGACGGCUGGGUGCUGAGGGUCUAUCGUUUGUCUCCUAAGGUGGUUGCCUGAAAUACUCAAGUGUCUGUGUCUUCUUGCAAUCCCCCCAGGUCAAGCCGGCUGAAUGUACGUGCUUGCAAGACAUUUGCAGAGGCUUGCACUCAUCAUCUGGAGAGCGUGUGGGGAGCUGGACGCAGGGUGGAGGUUGAGGCAUGCCCGUGGGCUGGUUAGAAGUGUCUGUGGGCAUAGCCUCCCAAGUGGCUGGUGUGUGAGCCUCCUGAUGGAGACUGCGAGCAGUUAGUAGGGUCUGCAGCCCUUUUUUGAUUUCCGAGCCCUGGUUGGUCUGAGUCUCGUAGAUUUCCCAGUACCAGCCUUCCAGCCACUCAUCCGUGCUGAUGCCCUUGGUAUUCUUAGGGAGACGAGACAGCUGCGGGCCUCUUGGGCAGUGUCCCACGCCACUGGGGCUGCCAAGUACUCAGUGACUACACUCUCACUUUCCCAUGCCGGAGCAAUUGCAGGCCAACCCGAGGGGGUCCCUCUUGGCUAUGAGAUGGGCUGCUUUGAGGGGGCAGUGAUACCGGGAAAGGGAAACUGUUCUUCUCUGUGUCUGCAAUGUGUCUGUUCUCAGUUUAUUUGUCCCAGUGGUGUGCUGGAACUUCUCCACACGACUCCCAGACAGGUCCUCAUCCUCGGAUGGUUGUCAAAAUUGGUGCGCUGUGGGGAGAUAUCAGUAGAAAACUCCUAUUCUGCUAUCUGCCUGGCCUCGCUCGCUCCCUGACCCAUGCGUACUUCAGAAGGGGCUUGUUUAAUCUCCAAGUAUUUGGAGGUUUUCCAACGAUCUUUCUGUUAGUGAUUUCUAGACUAAUACCUUUGUGGUCUAUGAGCAUACUUUGUAUGAUUUCUGUUCUUUCAAAUUUUUUAGUGUGUUUUGUGUCCCAGAAUGUGGUCUAUUUUGUGAAUGUUCCAUGUGAACUUGAGAAGAAUGUGCCUUCUGCUGUGUUUGGAUGAAGAGUUGCAUGGAUUUCUAUUAAAUCCACUUGUUUGACGGUGCUGUUUAAUUCAACUAUGUCCUUUCUGGUCUUCUGCCUGCUGGAACUCAGUUACUGAUGGGGACUGUUGGAGUCUCCAACUGUAAUAGCGGAUUCUUCCAUUUCUCCUUGCAGUUCUGUCGUUUUAUUUCCUUGUGUAUUUUGGCCCUCUCUUGUUAAUGCACACGCACACUAAGUGUUGCUGUGUCCUCUUGGAGAACUGACCCAUGAAGCGUUAUGUAAUGACCCUCUUUAUCUCGCGAGUUUUCCUUGCUCUGAAGUCUAUUUUGUCUGAAAUUCAUAUAGCUAUGCCAGCUUUCAUUUAGUGUGGGCAUGACAUAUCCUUCUCCAUCCCUUUACUUUUAAUCUGUAUCUUUAUGUCUCAAGUGUGAUUCUUAUAGACAAGAUAGAAUUAGGUGUUAUUUUAUUAUCCACUGUGACAGUUGGCAUGUUCCCCUUGUAUUGAGACCAUUGAUGUUUAAAGUGAUUAUUGAUAUAGUUGGAUUAAUAUCAACCAUACAUUUGCAACUAACCUAAGCCUUCUCUGUGGUAACACCAUCGCACUUCACUGGACGUGCAAGUGCCUCAUAACAGUUUUCCGAUUCCUGCCUCCAAAGCCCUUGGAACAUUGCUGUCAAUCAUUUUUCUCAUCCAAAAGCUAUAAUUACUGAAUGCGCUGCUGCUGUUAUCUUCAACAAAGUGUUAUCUGUCAGAUAACUAAGAAUAACAAAAACAAGUGAUUUUAUUUUACCUUCCUUUAUUCAUUCUCAAACACUUUUUUUUAAAAUCAUUUAUCUUCUUCAUAAUCAAUUUCUUUUAACAUUUCUUGCAAAGCAGGGGUACUGAUGACGAAUUUUUGUUUGUCCCAGAAAGUCUUUAUUUCUCCCUCACUUUUGAAAGAUAAUUUUGCUUGACACAGAAUUCUAGUUGGAUGGUGUUUCUUUCAACACUUUAUUUCACAAAACUCUCUUCCUGCUUGCAUGGCUUCUGAAAACGUGUCCAGUUUCUUAUCCUUGUUUCCCUAGAACUAAGGGGUGUUUUCCUCUAGUUUCUUUCAAGAUUUUCUCUUUGUCUUUGAUUUUUCUCGAGUUUAAAUAUAUAUUUCUGGGUGUGCAUUUUUCCAUUUUUGUCUUGCUUGGUGAUCUCUGAGCGUCCUAGAUCUGCAUUUUGCUGUCUGUCAUUAACUUGGGGAAAAUCUCACUCACUAUGACGUCACUUAUUUCUGCUGUUGCUUGCUUUCUUCUACUUCAUGUAUUCCCAUUACUUUGUGUAUGUUACACUUCUUGUAAUUGUCCCAAAGUUCUGUCUUUGGAUAGCGGAUUCACCCAUGUCUCCUUGCUGUUCUAUCAGUUUUUCUUGUGUCUUUGGGCCCUCUGUUGUUAUGCACAUGCGCACUAAGUAUUGCUUCAUCCUCUUGGAGAACUGAUGCCUUCAGCGUUAUGUAAUGACCCUUUUUCUCUCUUGCGUUUUCCUUCCUCUAAAGUCUGUUUGUCUGAAAUUCAUAUAGGUAUUUCAGCUUUCUUUAGUUUAGUGUUGGCAUGGUGUUUCCUGUUCUUUCUUGUUCUUAUCUUUGCAUUUCAAUUGGGAAGGUUCUGGUGACGUCUCCUCAAGCUCACUGAUUCUUUCUCGUCCGUUUCCGCCGUAUGGAUGAGCCCUCCCCCACCAAAGGAAUUCUUCAUUUCUGGGUUUUUUAUUUGUUUUUCAUUUUUUGCAUUUCCCACUUGGCUCUUUCUUAGGGUUUCCAUCUCUGCAUCUGUUAUCUAUCUGUUCUCACACGUUCCCCACUAUUUCCAUUAUAGCCCUUAACAUAUUAAUCACGGUUGCUUUACAACUCUAGUCUGAUAAUUCCAACAUAUCUGCUACAUGUAAAUCAGGUUCUUUUGCUUGUCCUGUGUCUUCAAACUGUGUUUGUAAGUCCUUUAGUAUGCCUUUUGGUAUUUUGUUGAAUUCUGGAAAGGAUGUACUGUGAAAAAGGGGCUGAGGUAAAUAGGCCUUUAGUGUGAGGUUUUAUGUUUAUCUGACUAGAGCUUAGACUGUGUUUACUAUUGGUUGUGGUUGUCAGAGGCUAAAAUAUCCUCCGGUGUCCUUGCUGUUGUCUCCUGUGUCGUCUCUGGGUUCUGUAGAGGCUUCUUAAAUAAGGUUUGAAACAUGCAGUUCUGCCAGUGUGUUCCACUGUUAUCACACAGGAGUCCUCCUGAUAUAGUGUUGUGUUGUGGGUGGAGCGGACGUGUUCUAGAGUCCCUUGAUUUGGCCUCAGUAUGUUAAUGAGCCCGUGUGCCUGGACUGUGACCUUCUUUGGUAUAAUAAUGAUAGUUGGUCUUUGGCCCUGGUUCCUAGCAAAGACCCCUCCUAAAGCCCUUGGAGCUUCUUGUGUGCUAAGGAUGAUGGGAGCAUCUUAUGUCCAGUGAGGUGACUGUUUGUGGGCCCCUGGAUAGCUUAAUGAUGGGGUUUGAUCGCCAGGAAGACCAAGCUUUGAUUAGAGGCAUACAACUUUCAAUCAACCCCCAGCCUCUGGGGAGAGGAGGGGCUGGAGACUGAGUUGUUCGCCAAUGGCCGGUGAUUUAAUCAGUCAUGGCUGCGUGAAGAAACCUCCUUCAAAAUUCCCAAACCUCGGCGUUCAGAGAGAUUCGGGGCUGGUGAACACAUCAGUGUGCUGGGAGGCCGUCAUGCCUGGAGAGGGCGUGGAAGCUUCCUGUCGCCCCUCCCAUACUUUGCCCUGUCGUGCUUUCCAUUUGUUCCUGAGUUGUGUCUUUACCGAUGCACUGAUAAUAAAUAGUAAGAAAAGCUCUUUCCUGACUUCUGAUAGUCAUUCUACUGACUUAUGGAACCUCUGGGCUUGUGCAGGGAACCUCCAAAUUUGGAGUCAGCCAUGCAGAAAUGUGUGUAGCCUGGGCCCCCCAUUUGCAGCUGGCCUCUGACGUGGGGGCAUCUUGUGGGACUGAGCCCUUAAACUGUGGAGUCUGAUGCUGACUCUGGUUAGUCAGUGUUGGAAUUGAGUUGAAUGCUAGGCCACUCAGUUGGUGUCAGAGGGUUGGAGAAGUGGGUGGAAAACACACUACAGGAGGAAAAACAACUAUCAGUCUCACAAGGGUUUCCCAGUCCCCCCACCCUCCAGUUAGGUCCAGCAGAAAGGCUAGAAGGGACUCGUGCUGGCUGUUUCCCUCCCCGCACGCCGGUUAGGUGCUGGUGAAAUGCCAGUCUGUUGGGCUCUGGGGAAGCAGAAGACUCUGAGGACAGGCCUCGCUAAGACGAACGGAAUGUUGGGCGCAUCUUUCACACUGGCCGCUUUUCUGGCUCUCUUUCCAGUUUUGGAGAUAGCGGUUUGCCCUGUGGCUAAUGCCUUGAUAGAUGUGAGCUGUGAAUUUUCAGUCCGUUAGCUGUUCUCUGGUGAGAAUGGGAAUGGCACCUUCCAAGCUCCUCACAUGCCACGUGAGAAACCAGAGAGAGGUCUCUGACUCCAUUUUUUAAUGUUUGACUGCUGACAGCUUUAAAAGCCUCACCCCUCCUCCUUCCCCUUGCGCCCCACAUCUGGACAGGGUGACGAGAAAGCCUGGCUGCUCCCUCCCUUGGCGCUGACCAGACAUUCAGUCCCUGGAACCUGUCACCUGUGUGUGUGUGAACUCUCAGCCUGGCCCACCCCUCACCUCCAUAAAAACCCAGGCCAGCCUCCUCUCGCUGCUCUCUCUGGGCAUUUCCCACCUGCCUGAGAGGCCUGCCCGCCCUCCCCCGACACUUCCAUUCUGGAAGUAAUAGACCCUUUCGUAUGGCAGGUAUAUGUUGUCAACCAGACCUUGGGAGGGGGCCCACCUGACUCCGGGUGACCAUAACAUUUAUAGAGGGGGUGCCGUGGUGUAUGGAUUGCAAUACACUUUGCUUAAUUGUUCUAUUGAUAAAUACUCCAGACCUUUACAUAUCAACGCAUGCCACCCUUUCUUUUUAAAAGGUACAGACGAUGACGAGUUUACAUAACCCAUUCUUUCUAAAUAGACACAUGGCUUGUUACCAAUUUUGCUGCCAAAACCAUGAAUGAAAACUCCGAUUGCCACAUUAUGGGGCAAACAAACGUAUACAAAUUAUGUUCUUUUCCAAUCUGAAUUACUUCUUAAAAUUUUCAUCAUCAAAUAACAUUCAGAAAAGAAUGUGCACGAUAUUUUGUGGUAGGAUUUAGUGAUAACAAUAUGAACGUCCUUGGAAUCGUCAUCAAGAUUCAUAAAUGGCCUGUGGGCCGCGGUGAGUCCCCUGACGCUCCUGGCCCUGUCUCAUCUGACCCGCCCUGUAGGUGACCACUGUCCUCACUCGUUCUUCUUCACACCUUACCAUCCACCAACCAAUGUUCUUCGUUUUACCUCCUUUGACAUUUCCACAAAUGAGUAUUAAUGGAAUUGCAUUGAAAAGUAUUCACACGUGCUGGCGCCGGAUGCCUGGGGCCUGCCCUGGGGCUGUGGGGUUCAAACCUCCCACCGCAGCCAGGCGCCCGGAGCCCACCGGACCCUUUAAAGACCCCAGCGAGCGGGGACGGGGGCGGGGGUCUCCCCGCUGGAGAUGGUCAAAGAUCAAACGGAGCCAGGCUCAUUGUGACAUAUGGUGAGGUCCCUUUGAAGUGUCUGUGUGCGCAAGGAAGGGUCACAGUUCCGGGCUUGGCCUCCGGCCUCAUGGUUCAAUGCAGCGUCCUUGCAGAGGACAGGUUCUGGCCUGCGGCCAAGGCAAGGUCGGCUCAAAGAUGCGCCCCCGGCCUGCUGUCACUCAGGCACAAGGGGGCGGGGCCUUGUGAACUGUCCAAUCAGGGGAGUCGCCGGAAACGUACGUGGGGGCGAUAACUGCGUGGACGGCGUGCUGGGCCGUGGUCGCUCCGGGAUCGCCUGUCGCUGCCUUCGGUGGCCGAGCCACGUCGUCUGUCGCUGUGAGCUGCACUGGCCGCGGCAGUCGGAGAGUGGACGUCCUGGGACCCCAGAAACCGGAAAAUGGACUCAGUGGCCUUUGAAGACGUGGCUGUGAACUUCACCCGGGAAGAGUGGGCUUUACUGGAUCCUUCACAGAGGAGACUCUAUAGAGAUGUGAUGUGGGAAACCUUCAGGAACCUGGCGUCUAUAGGACAAAAAUGGGAAGGUCAUAACACUGCAGAUACGUACAAAACCCAGGGGAAAAAUCUAAGAAGUGAAAUGGUAGAGAAACUUGGUGAAGGCAAGGAAGGUAGACAGUGCAGAGAAACUGCCAGCCAGAUUCCAGACCUUAAUCUGAACAAGAAAACUUCUGGAGUAAAGCCAUGUAAAUGUAGCGUGUGUGGAAAAGUCUUUGUGCGUCACUCAUCCCUUAAUAGGCAUGUCAGAUCUCACACUGGACACAAACCAUACGAGUAUCACGAAUAUGAAGAGAAGCCAUAUAAAUGUAAGGAAUGUGGGAAAGCCUUCAGUUACCGCAAAUCUGUCCACAGACAUGAAAGGACCCACACUGGAGAAAAACCCUAUGAAUGUAAGGAAUGUGGGAAAGCUUUCACGUGGCUCACAACCUUUCGAAGACACAUGAUAACACACACUGGAGAUGGACCUUAUAAGUGUAAAGAAUGUGGGAAAGCCUUUAGUUGUUCCACCUCAUUUCGAACACAUGAGAGAACUCACACUGGAGAGAAACCCUAUGAAUGUAAACAGUGUGGUAAAUCCCUCAGGUCUCCUCUAGGUUUACGAAUCCAUGAAAGAAAUCACACUGGAGAGAAGCCCUAUGAAUGUAAACAGUGUGGGAAAGCCCUCAGUUGUCCCAGUUCCUUUCGAAGACAUGAAAGGACUCACACCGCGGAGAAACAGUAUGAAUGUAAACAAUGUGAGAAAACCUUCAGUUCUCCUCUAGGUUUACGAAUACAUGAAAGAAUUCACACUGGAGAAAAACCCUAUGAAUGUAAGGAGUGUGGGAAAGCCUUCAUUUCUCUCUCAAGCAUUCGAACACACAUGAUAACGCACACUGGAGAUGGACCUUAUAAGUGUAAGGAAUGUGGGAAAGCUUUCAUUUGUCCCAGUUCAUUUCGGUCACAUGAAAGGACUCACACUGGAGAGAAGCCAUAUGAAUGUAAACAGUGUGGUAAAACCUUCAGUUGGCCAAGUUCCUUUCGAAUACAUGAAAGAACUCAUACUGGAGAGAAGCCCUAUGAAUGUACAGAGUGUGGGAAAACCUUCAUUUAUCGCACAACCUUUCAAGGACACAUGAGAAAGCACACUGGAGAGAAACCCUAUAAAUGUAAAGAAUGUGGGAAAGCUUUCAUUUCUCCCUCAAGUGUUCGAACACACAUGAUAAUGCAUACUGGGGAUGGACCUUAUAAAUGUAAGGAAUGUGGGAAAGCAUUCAACUUUCCCAGUUCAUUUCGAAUACAUGAAAGGACUCACACUGGAGAGAAGCCCUAUGAAUGUAAACAUGUGGUAGAGCCUUCAGUUGUUACACAUCCUUUCGAACACAUGAAAAAACUCACACUGGAGAGAAACCCUACGAAUGUAAGGAAUGUGGAAAAGCCUUCAUUUAUCGCACUACCUUUCGAGGACACAUGAGAAUGCACACUGGGGAGAAACCAUACAAAUGUAAAGAAUGUGGCAAAGCCUUCAGUCGGCCCAAUUCUUUCCGAAGGCAUGAAAGAUCUCAUGUGGAAUAGAGACUCCUUGUGUGUAAGCAGUGUGAGAAAGACGUCAGUUUGCCUUCAUCCUUACAUGUGAAAACUCCCACUACAAGAAAUCCUAUAAGUAAUUUGAGAAAGCCUGAUAUAUGCUAAUCCAUGUAUAAUAUUCCAGAAAACAAUAACAGGGAAGAAUCAUUAUAAUAGUAAUAAAUAUAUUCUCUUUACCAGUGCCUCAUUCUUGAAGUGGACCUCUGGACUGUGGGUAUUUACUGCUUGCUUUAAAAAAUGAACAUUAAAGUGAGAUAGUUCUGUAAAUAUUGUUUAAGCAAUAUCGUGUCAGAUUAAUAGGUAUUGUUUUCUCCUUAAAUCAAUUAAUAUUUUUCUCUUUCCAUUUGGAACCUGUUUGAUCCAUAGGUAAAUUGAAGUGUUAUUCUAAUAUACAAGUAUGUUUAAUUUUUAUAAAAUGUUUCAAUUAUUUUGUAAGGAAGGGGCUAUUGAUAAGUGACAUUUUGGUAUUGUUGGGACUUUCCUACUGGCCUCCUCUGCCAGGUACUGGAUAUCCCUUACACAUUUCACCUUAUUAUAAUGAGAAAGUUAACUCUUGUUUUGGCCAGAAGAGCCUUAUUCCAUUUUGCUUGCUAAUGAAAGAUGGCUUAAAUUUGUAAAUAUGCAAAGUUUAUCAUAGAGUAUAGUCACAUGUCAGUUAUUUCCGUUUUUUUCUCUUUGCUCUUUGUCGUUCCUUCUGGCUGGGAUUCAAAUAAUAAGACUUUGCAUUCAGACAGACCUGUUGUUGGACAACAAAGUGUAGAAUUGGAAAUGGCUCUCCUAAAUUGUUUUGUCACCUGGGUAAUGUGACAUUUUCUGAAAUCUGUUUCCUUUAUCGUUCUGUGUUGGAAUUCACCGGUAGCCUCACUUGCGUGAGAUUUGGAAGGCAGAAUCAAGCGAGGCAUUAGGCGGAUUUAGGAGCCACCAUACAGGGAGAGAGACAGUCACAUAGCGGCUUCAAGGCCACCUGGUUCCAGCCUUUUUUCCUGAGUCCUUGCCCUGCCAAUCAAGAGUAUCCUCAAAACCACAAUCAGCUGCUUGAUUCCACUCUGUCAGAGGUGUGGGUUUCCACGCUCCAGAUCCUCGCAAGUUCCACAUCAGAGAUCACGUAGUUUGGAUUUUCCUGCAAGCUUCCAUGUGUCCACCAGGCAACUCAUUCAUACUUUUCUGUGUUAGAGUUUUCUCUGAUGCUCGGACUGCCAUUUUCUCUAGAUUCUGUUCAUUUAAGGUCUAAUUUGUGUAGUAAACACCUUGUUCUGGUUACACUACUUGUGACCGUGUGUUCAUGAUUCCACUGUGACAGCUACAGUGGUGCUGUCCAAAAGAACCACGUGGCAUUGGUUCCUCCACUGCACUGUGCAGCAACUGCUCAGGCCCAGGCCAUCCCUGUUCCUCACAUCAGGCAGAUGAUGGACGUUUCCCAUUGCUCACAGCUGUACAAAAUUCCUCAGUACAUUUUCAGUUAUGUUUGCGACUAAAAACAAUGCAUUUUUGUCAGACAGUUGUUGUAGUUGUGUGUAGUUGUGUCUUGGGAAUAUUGUGUUUUUCGUUUCCUGUGCACAUAAUAAAAUAUUGUAAUAAUGGAUUUUCAGAUCA